ACAUUAUCAUUUGAGUUCUUAUGCUGUCAAAUUAAGUCUUCUUUUUGAACAGACGUGUUUUGUCUGUAUUUUUUUUCCGAAUCCGAAGAAAUGGCAAAUCUGAGACAAACCCCUUUGACGUGCAGUGGUCACACCAGGCCCGUAGUUUACUUGGACUUUAGUGGAGUGACGGACAGCGGAUAUUUUCUAAUUUCGGCAUGUAAAGAUGGGAAGCCCAUGUUACGCCAGGGGGAUACAGGGGACUGGAUCGGUACCUUCGAGGGACACAAAGGAGCUGUUUGGGGUGUAGCUCUAAACACUGAGGCCACCCGAGCAGCCACCGGGGCUGCAGAUUUUACGGGAAAGGUGUGGGACGCCAUCUCGGGAGAGGAACUCCACUCUUUUCAACACAACCACAUUGUAAAAAGUGUAAAUUUUUCCAAGGACUCAACGCAUUUGACCACGGGAAGCAACGAAAAAUUAGUUAGAGUAUUUGACCUUAAUAAACCAGAAGCAGGUCCAGAAGUAUUUAGUGGGCACACGUCUGGAAUAAGACAUGUAUUUUUUUUUAGAAACGAUACGCAUCUUGUAUCCUGCGCUGAUGAUAAAACAUUAAGAGUUUGGGAUAGGUCGUCUGGAAAGGAGGUUCAGAAAGUAGAAUUCUCUUCGACGCCUAACAGUCUUGAAGUAUCCAAAGACGGAACAGUCCUCACUGUGGCCUACGCCAACCACGUCGUCUUCCUAGACUCUGAAACCCUCGCAAAAAUUCGUGAAUUCACGAUCCCUACCACCGUCAAUUCGGCUUCUCUCCAUCCCGACAAGAGCAUGUUCGUUACCGGCGGAGAUGACCUCAAAGUGUACAAAUUCGACUAUACCACCGGCACGGAGAUCGAAUCCUUCAAGGGCCACUUUGGGCCUGUUCAUUGCCUGAAAUUCUCUCCAGACGGGGAACUGUACGCUUCGGGAUCGGAAGACGGCACUCUGAGGCUGUGGCAAACCACAGUGGGGAAGACCUACGGUUUGUGGAAGUGUGUCGAUGGUCAAACGAACAACGAUCCCCUCUCGCCACCUAAGGAGGUGCAAGCCAAUUAGAAGAAGCCCUUCUGUUACAUGAACUAAAUAAAUUGAGAUAUCGGGGGUCCUGGUAAAUAAACACAUUUUUGUAGACGGUUUGUAAAGACAUACUCAUUUUUUUCUACAGUAUGUUUAUUUUCGCUUUAGUGGAGCAGCGAGUGAAGAUCGGGGCACAUUUUAUGCAUUUAUGUGUAUUUGAAGACGUGUUUUGAUUAUGAGCGAGUUUAAAAUGUUUAAUUUAUUGGAUUCUCGAGAUCAUUCUAUUUUUUUAUUCAGGGGACUACCUCUUUGACAGCUUUUGAUUCAUCUGGAACUUUUUACGAGUUGAAAAGUUUUGUUUCAAAAUUGUUUUUCUUUUAGGACUAGUUUUUAGUACCGGUGUUAUUUUAUAUAUUAUAUAUUUGAUUUAAUCAAUAUUUGCGUGGUAAGGAUGCGGCCACUGACUGAAAUGUGAUUGUAAGUAGUAUUUUCAUGAUUGCGUGAAUAAUAGACUUAUUUGUUUCAGAUUUGUAUUUUAACAUUUCUACAUUGUUUUUUUUUGUCUCAGAUGAUUAUUCAAAUAAAGAUUAUAGUAAAA